AUGCCGCCACCACCCUUUCGAGCAGACCAAGUAGGAUCCCUCCUCCGACCUCAGGCCCUGAGAGACGCCCGCAACAAUGAAGACUACACUGUAGUAUACACACGUCAAGUAUCUGACAGCAUCAAAAAAGCCGAACAAUCCGCCAUCGAACUCGCAGUCCACGUGCAAAUCACCCGCGACAUCUUACCCAUCGUCAAUGGAGAAUACCCACGAGCCAUCUACUUCUCCGGGUUCUUCGAAAACCUCCACGGAAUGAUCGUCUUCGACGCCCUGCCCGUCCCAGACGCCUUCCGCACAGACUUCCCCACCACAACAGGUCUCCUUAAAUCCUUCGGCCUCAAGACUCGAGCAAGCGUCAUUGCAACCAACAAAAUCAGCUUCAACCCAGACUCACCGCCCUACCUCUCCGAAUGGCUGCAACUGCGCGAUUUGUUACCAGACGAAACGUACUGGGAAAAGACCAAAAUCACCAUCCCGGCCCCUUCCUACCAGCACAUCCAGCUCAAGCCUGGGGCGGCAUCCACGCCCGACUCAGGCUAUAAAGACGACGAGAGCUAUUUCCGCGACCUGGCCGCCUGUUACACAAAGACAAUCGAGACACUGUACGACCACGGCUGUCGAUACGUACAGAUCGAUGAUCCGCAUUUGACCUAUUUCUGCGACGAAGGGUUUCUGGCCGGCUGUGCCAAGGACGGAACCGAUACCGACAAACUAUUAGAUCUGUACAUAAAAGUAUAUUCCUGGAUAUUUGAGCCGAUAAGAGGGAGCAGUAAAUAUGCUGAUCUGAAGACGGGAAUGCAUCUGUGUCGCGGCAACAUGCUGGGGAGUACGCAUUGGGUCAGUGGUGGGUAUGAGAAGAUUGCGAAGAAACUGUUUAAUGAGACGGAGGGGAUUGAUACUUUUUACUUAGAAUUUGAUGAUGAGACGAGGGCGGGUGGGUUUGAGCCGCUGAGGUUUCUGCCGAGGGGGAAGCAUGCCGUGUUGGGGUUGGUGAGUACGAAGACGGCGGAGAUGGAGAACAGGGAAGUGCUUGUGAGGAAGAUCAAUGAGGCGAGUAGGGUGAUAGCGCAGGCCUGGGGCGUAAGUGAACAAGAGGCACUUGUUGAAGCGCUGGCUAUUAGUCCACAAUGUGGGUUUAGUAGUCAUUCUGCCAAGGGUGGUCUGGGUAUGACUCGGGAGAAGCAAUGGGAAAAGUUGGAGCUGUUGCGGGAUGUUGCUCGGAAAGUGUGGACAAGCUGA